AUGUUUGUCUGUCGGGUUUGUCUGGGGAAAGGCCUAGCUCCUGGAGCUUUGGCUAGGAUAAAUGCGCCUGCAGUUGGAUCUCGUCUGGUCCUCCCAAGGCUAGGCGCACUCACAGCAACCCAGUCCACGACCGCCCUCCGAUCCUACCACUUGCCCGCCCUCAAGCCAAAGACUGCCGCCGAUCCCUCCGUUACUCUCGACCUCGAAGUGCCGGAAGGGGAAGAAGAUGGGGAAAAGAAGGGGAAAAAGAGAGACUUGAGCGAAGAGCAGAGGAAGAAGCUGGAGCGCAAUGCGGCCCUACAACUCAAGCAUUUCAAGGAUCCCUUCCACAUUGAGAAGCAGGUCAAGUUGACCCUCGAUAAAGGAAAAUACGAAGAGGCCCUGGUUCUCACCCGCAAGGCUAGCAAGAGCGCAAAGGUCCAGGUCUCAUGGAACCAUCUGAUCGACUACCACAUGAAGAACAAGCGUCUAUCUGCUGCCAUCAAGAUCUAUAACGAGAUGAAGAAGCGCGCCCAGGUUCCAGACGCCAGAACUUACACCAUCAUCUUCCGAGGUUGCGCCAUGAGCGAACACCCCAAGCAGGCAGUGGCAGAAGCUAUUAAGAUUUACCACAGCUUGCUCAAGAAUGAGCGCGUCAAGCCAACCACCAUCCACCUUAACGCUGUCCUCGAGACAUGUGCCCGCGCUGGCGACAUAGACAGCAUGUUCACGACAGUACAAACAGCCAACGAAAGCACACGCAAGCCCGACAACCUGACCUAUACAAUUAUCUUCAACGCCCUCCGCGCUCAGUUCAACCCACGAGCGCCACUCGACCGGGACCCGAUGCAGCGCGACGAAGAAGAUAUCAAGCGGGAGAAACAAGAGGCUAUCAGCAGGGGCUUGCAAAUAUGGGAAGAUGUACUGCGUCUAUGGAAGAAGGGCAACCUCCUCAUCGACGAGGAAAUGGCUUGCUCCUUUGGAAGGCUGCUGACCCUGGGCACCAAGGAAGAUAACGAGAGGGUCUUCGACGUUCUUUCCACGACCAUGCAGCUCCCCCGAUUCCAUGCUGGCGAGAAGGCACCUGCCGAAGUGACCGCUAAGGCCCCAACCACGGCGACCGUCGAGCCAACUGAUGAUGUUAAGGAUGUUAAGGAGGUCGAGGAAUUCAAGGAGACGAAGCCGGCCAAGUUCGAGAGGAAACCCAAAUAUGUCCCCCCCAGCCUCUUCGCCAAACCAGGCAGUAACACCCUCUCCCUAAUCCUCUCCGUCCUCUCCAACACGCGCCGCACCUCCCUUGCCCAAAAGUACUGGGACCUUCUCACCUCCCCGCCCUAUUCCAUCAAGCCCGACAAAGACAACUACUUCCGCUACCUGCGCGUCCUCCAAAUCGGCCGCGGCUCCGCCGCCACCGCCUCCGUCUUCGCGUCCAUGCCGGCGGAAUUCAUCACGCCCAUGAUGCUCAAAACCGCCUUCACGACAUGCAUCCGCGACGAGCUGAACCCGCACGCCUUCUCCCCCCACGCGUGCACCAUCUUCGACGCCAUGAUCAAGAAAACCCGCUACCCCGACGCCAUCGCCAUGCGCCUCUUCCUGCAAUCGGCCCAGGGUAACUUCCGCCACAUCAAGAAGAUGGCCGAGACCGACCCCCUGGGCUCUCGCCAGACGAUGGGCAAACAGAUCAUCCUCGCGCUGGACAAGAUGUGGCAACCCUACCGCAUCAUGAUAAACCAGUACUCGUACCCGAUCGGCGACAGAGUCCGGGCCCAAAGCCCCGAAGACGCGUGGAAGGCUACCAGGGCGCACAUGUCCGAGUGCGUGGUCACCGCGCGCCGGAUGAUCUCCGCUUUGGACAAAGUGAUGCUAAACAACAUGUGUCCCGACGCCGCGGUCCUCAAGGUUCUCAAGCGGCGACGCGUGAUUCUGCAAAACAUGGUCGAACGUUACGUUGUCAAGGACGGCGAGAUGACGGCCAAGUGGAAGGACAAGAUGGUGGAGCGGUACGGCGCGGAGCGGUUCGCAAAGCGGGAGGCCAACGAGAAGGAGGAAAACUACGAGUUUGGACAGCCGAAACCUAAUGAGUUUGAGAGAAACCUCAGCAAGAAGAAGGAGGAUGGGGUUGCUACUAAGCAGAAGGCCGAGCAAACGCAAAGGCCGAGGGAGGAGGAGGAAGGCGAAGACGAUGAGGAUGAUGGCGAGUGGGAGGAUAUCACCGACAGACGCCACGGCAGCAGCAGCGGCAGCGGCAGUGACAGGAGGACACAGAGUCUAAGGAAUAAGUUGAGGAGGGACGAGAGGAGUUCCAGACAGCCGCAACACCAGCAGCAGAGUAACAACAACAACUCCUCAUCAUGGUCGAGAGAAAGUCAAGGAGGCAGUUGGGGAGAUGGAAUACCGCCCAUAAGCAGUAGCAGCAGCAGCAGCAUAGCUGGAGCAGCGGCAACGGCGACAAUAAACCCCGGUGGUGCUGUGAUGGAUCGAUGA